CGCGCCUGGGUUUUGGCAAAAGAGAAUGUAGAAGAAAACGUGACAAAGGAUAAUUAGGAUAUAUAAAUACCAUUUCCCGCCAAAUCCGGGUAUAACGGUUUUCUAAUCACCGCGAAACUCGUUUCUCUGAUUGUGGACGAAGAUGGAGGAGUACUUGCAGUACAUGAAAACUCUCCGCUCUCAAAUGAACGGUACCUGCAAAUCGGAAUCCAUUCACUGUUACUUCAUUUAUUUAUUUAUUUUAAUCGAACUGAAAAUGAAAACUGAAAUUGAAUUAGACGUGGAGGAUGAAGCGGCGAAGAUUUCCGUCGAAGAAGAAAUGCAACUGACCAACGUACGCACUUUGGAAAACGACAUUGAAUCAGCAAAAUCGGGAAUUACGCAACUCAAGGAAGACACUGAGAAGAUGAGGGCCGCAAAGGGCGAGAUAUGCUCGAAGAUACUGGAAAAACAGAAAAGGAUUGCCUCUUUGGAGUUUGACACAAUCAAACUCUCCCAGACUUUGGAGCUUAUUCAGCAAGAGAGAGUUGGGUUAUCUUCCAAACUCUCAGAGAAGAGAGCCUACUAUAGCAAGGUUGCGGAGGACAUGAAUGCCAAAUUACAGAAGCAACAGGAAUGGGUCAGUAGUACUCGGAAUAUUAGCAGGGAACUGCAAAAGCAUGACUUGGUCACCGGAAAGGUGGUGGGGGAAAUAAGUAAAGCUGAAGGCAUGGCUCUAUACUUUAGUGUGGGAAGUGUUGUAAGGACCAAUUUAAUCAAUGAAUUGGAUUCUGCUAAAGCAAGGCUUGAGGAGAUUCUUACUCUGAAAGCCAAGGUUCUUACCGAGAACACCAAGAUAAAACUGGCUAUCGAGGAUGUGAAGUGCAGAGAAAAUGAGUUUAAGCCGGAGCUGAAAGCAGCAGGUUUAACUGCUCUUGAAGAGGAAUAUAAAGCUCUUUUGUCAGACAAAGCUGCAGAAACUGAAUACUUGCAAUCUCUAGAGAGACAAGUUGAGAAACUUAAGGAGAUUCGUCAUGUGGUAAAAUGUGCUUGUGGAGAGGAAUACACAGUCGCUUUAAAUAAUUAAUAUUUUUAGAGAACAUGAAACUUCUGG